AUGACUGAGUCUAAAGUGCAAAAACGUGAAUGGAAAACCAUUUAUCCCAAUAAAAUUUGCCAUUUUUUUUUUUUUUUUUUUUUCAUUUACGUACACAAGAGAGAUAUUAGCCCUAGCAUUCAUUUGUGGCUUUCACCGAACUGUCUUGUUCUUGUCCUGUACAGGAGUAAAAGCUCGACCCAGGUUACUGCGGUAGCCUCGGCCCAGGUUGCUGAACAGGAGGCAGCGGUUGCAGUAGCUGCUGUGUCUGACUGGGUUUACGAUCCUAAUGAACCUCGGUAUUGUCUUUGCAAUCAGGUCUCCUAUGGCGAAAUGGUCGGAUGUGAUAAUCCUGACUGUGCUAUCGAGUGGUUUCAUUACGGAUGCGUUGGAUUAACAGACGCUCCCAAAGGAAAAUGGUUCUGUCCUCAAUGUCAAAAUCAAAUGAAACAACAAAGACGAGGAGGAAGACACAAAUGAACAGCGUACAUGAAGGCUAUCUGGAUAAGUGUAACGCUCUACGGUGUGAAAGGGCCCCUUUUUCGUGACUAUUGGCUAAGAGUGUUGCGUGACUGAUGGUUGUUGCCCGUAGGUGUUACGUGAGGACACAAGGGAAGCUUGCAAAAGGGAUUGCAUUUCAAAAUUAAGGAACUUAACGAGCAUGAAACUUGGAAAAAGAAAGUUAUAGACAAAUCGAAACACUCUCCAGAGUUUGCGUGAAAAUGGGAGAGUUCGUUGCGAAGCUGCUUCCCGAUAUUUCAAAGACUGGGCACAUGUAGGUCUCGAUUUCCGCCACUCUCUCAAGUUAUGGUGUAACUGUGUUUCUCGUGCGCCUCUUCGUGGCUGAAAUUUAUGGACGUAACACUACUUACAUUGUUGCAGAAAUCCCUUCUACUCGUGCAAUAAUAUCGUGUAAUAUUGCUACCCACUUUCUGCCGAAUUGUGCUCAGAUGGUGCGACAAAUUUCCUGCCUUCUUGCUGUGUAAUUUUCAAAUCGAACACAAAGGACGUCUCUCAUAGUAAAAGUACUAAACAUAAGGUUA